AUUCAUCCGAAGACUUUACACAUCGACUCUUCAUCUCUGUGGAAUCUUUGCUCCUGACUUCAAAAUAUAGAAAAUGGCCGCCAUGAAGACCGCCGUGAUGCUGUUGCUCGUCGCCUUCGCCUUGAUGUUAGUGACGGAGGCCGACGUCCGCGUCGAGCCCUGCGACCAGGUCUGCAGCCGCAUCGACGCCGAGAAGGACCAGUGCUGCAGGGCCCAUGGACACAGCGGAUGGAUCAGCUGCGAUGGCGGGAUGUAUUGUUUCUGACACCUUAAGCACCAGGCCACGCCCAAUCAAACAUUAAUCCUAACGAAACAUAGCUAACGAACAAGGCACCGUGUUUAGUAUCUACUUAAAUUCAGGAGC